CAGUGACACGUGUAUUCAAGAUGGCGGCGGCGAUGGAGACAUGGGCCCUGGUGUUGCUGUCCAUGCUACAGGUGGUCAGGAGUUUUUAUGUGCCUGGUGUGGCCCCUAUAAACUUCCACCAGAAUGACCCAGUGGAGAUAAAGGCAGUGAAGCUCACCAGCUCGCGGACCCAGCUGCCCUAUGAGUACUACUCCUUGCCCUUCUGCCAGCCUGAAAAAGUGGUCUACAAGGCAGAAAACUUGGGGGAGGUCCUGCGAGGUGACCGCAUCGUGAACACUCCCUACACAGUGCUGAUGAACCAGGAGCUUAAGUGCAAGGUGGUGUGCAGUGAAAUGAAGAAGUCGCUCAAGCUGAGCGUGGAGGAGAGCAAGCUGGUGGCUGAGCGCAUCCAGGAAGAGUACUACGUCCAUCUGAUUGCAGACAACCUUCCUGUAGCCACAAGACUCGAGUUCUACCCAAACCGUGAGGGGGGAACGGAGGAUGAGCAAAAGAAGGACACUAUUAAGGAUGUGCAGUUUGAGCACGGCUAUAGGCUGGGCUUCACUGACAGCAACAAGGUAUACCUGCACAACCACCUGUCUUUCAUACUCUACUACCACAAGGAGAAGGUGGAGCAGGAGGAGGAACACAACUUCAGGGUGGUGCGCUUCGAAGUCAUACCCCAGAGCGUCAAGCUGGAAGAACUGAAGCCAGACAAUAAGGGCUCAUGUAUUCUGCCGGAUGCCAGUGGUUCUGCACCACUGGAGAUUGACCCCACCAAGGAGAAUGAAGUGCUCUUCACCUACUCAGUUCACUGGGAGGAAAGCUCGGUGAAAUGGGCCUCGCGCUGGGACACAUACCUCACCAUGAGUGAUGUGCAGAUCCACUGGUUCUCCAUCGUCAACUCUGUCGUGGUUGUUUUCUUCCUGUCUGGUAUCCUGAGUAUGAUCAUCAUCAGGACCCUGAGGAAGGACAUUGCCAACUACAACCGAGAGGAUGACAUUGAAGACACCAUGGAGGAAUCUGGGUGGAAGAACGUACAUGGCGACGUGUUCCGCCCACCCCAAUAUCCCAUGAUUCUCAGCUCACUGCUGGGCUCGGGCAUUCAGCUCUUCUGCAUGAUCCUCAUAGUCAUCUUCGUAGCUAUGCUGGGAAUGCUUUCUCCCUCUAGCCGGGGUGCUCUGAUGACCACGGCCUGCUUCCUCUUCAUGUUCAUGGGGGUGUUUGGUGGCUACUUUGCAGGCCGGUUGUAUCGCACUCUGAAGGGACACCGUUGGAAAAAGGGAGCCUUCUGUACGGCAACCUUAUAUCCUGCUGUGGUCUUCGGGAUUUGCUUUGUUCUCAAUUGUUUCAUCUGGGGAGAGCACUCGUCUGGUGCGGUGCCCUUUUCCACAAUGGUGGCGCUCCUCUGCAUGUGGUUUGGCAUUUCCAUGCCUCUCGUCUACCUGGGCUACUACUUUGGUUUCCGCAAGCAGCCGUACGACAACCCCGUGCGCACCAACCAGAUCCCCCGGCAGGUCCCCGAGCAGCGCUGGUACAUGAACAAGUUUGUGGGAAUUCUGAUGGCUGGGAUCCUGCCCUUUGGUGCCAUGUUCAUCGAGCUCUUCUUCAUCUUCAGCGCCAUUUGGGAGAACCAGUUCUACUAUCUGUUUGGGUUCCUCUUCCUGGUCUUCAUCAUCCUGGUGGUGUCCUGUUCCCAGAUCAGCAUUGUCAUGGUCUACUUCCAGCUGUGUGCUGAGGACUACCGCUGGUGGUGGAGGACCUUCUUGGUCUCCGGUGGCUCUGCGUUCUAUGUGCUCAUCUAUGCCGUUUUCUACUUUGUCAAUAAGCUGGACAUCGUGGAGUUUAUCCCCUCGUUGCUGUACUUUGGCUACACUACUCUCAUGGUGUUGUCCUUCUGGCUCCUGACGGGGACGAUUGGCUUUUACGCCGCUUACAUGUUCAUACGGAAGAUCUACGCUGCUGUCAAGAUCGACUGAGCUGUCGAGCGCUCAUAGGUGGCAGGGGAGGACGGUGUUUAGGGUUUUCAUUGUUCCUCUUUGACUUAUUUUCUUUUUCCCAUUGCUUUUUUUUUUUUGUUUUUUUUUCUUUUUUUUUGCACAAAUGACACAGACUAAAGUGUUUUGUCUGUAAAGUGAGGAUGGGUCUGGCGGAAGAGCGCCCCCCGCAGAAUGAGAAUAGAAAAGUAUCGGGGACGCAGUUGACCCGUCUCCUCAACUCCAGAAACACAGAGAAAUCUUUUGGACUAGAGACUGUCCUGUGUUUCAAGUGAGUUCGCAAAUCCGGGGCCAAAUUGUGUCAUUUUAUUGUUUAUGCUGGACAUUUCUUUAAAAAUACACAGAUAUAAAACUGUUCAGUUUGUAAUCUUUGUCACCCAGUUCAAAACCCUUUUUUAUCAGGAAUUUAUUUUGUAGUCCAGAAACUGGGAGCUGACUGAGUGCACUUUAUGGUCAUGAUUUGGAUGGUAAUUUUGGGUAAUGAUGUGCAUAGAAUGAUGUCAUUAGUGAGUGGUUAAUAUUUUAAUUACUUUUUAAGUCCCUGUCUUCUAGUCUGUUCAUCAGUAUCGCUGGUAUCCUUUGACCUGUAAGGAGGCUCAGUUCAGUUCUUAGUUUCUCACUACAGUGGACAUGUGUUUUUGAAAACAAUAAUUUUUUGUUUUAAUUUAUUUUUUUUUUUUGUCUAACUGAAAAGGUUUGUAACCCGAUUCUCAGCCCAUGGAGGACAUUGUACAGGUACAGGGUCCCUGUGGGACCCACACAGUGUUGCUAAAAGGAAUCCAAAUACAGCUGACACUAUGACAUCAUGGAAUGUGAUUGAUUAAUUGUAUCUAAAGGAGGAGUCAAUUCUAGAUUUUAUAAUGGAUUACCAAUCCUUUAAAGUAGAAAAAGCUAAUACUGUAAGACUUUUAUAUUCAGCUUCUCUGUUUGAAAAAGACUUAUUGAUGUUGUGUGUUGUAAGCACUGAUAUGGAGUUACUAAUGAUAAUGGGAGAGGAACUUUUUAAACUGGCUCAAGGACUGGUCAGCCAGCAGAGUAAAGUACCGUUCCUAAGUGGAUUCACUCACUUUCCACCCAAGGAGAUGCUCACCAUGGUUACUUUGUCAUGUUACCCCAGGAAGUGUACUGCUCUCAAUCAGCAUGAGUCUUUGCAUUAUUAAAGAUGCACAACCA